AUGGCCCAACAACACAAUGCAUCAAUAAACACCGCCGCGAAACCUGAUUCACUGCUACUGAAAGAUGAUCUACCAUCUCAAAGCGACGAAAAGGCGGGCAACUCGAUGGUCUCCAAUCGCGUACCUCCCGGCGUCAUCGUAGCUAAGAGCUUCGACGAAGAAGGGCAACCGGCAGUCGAAGAAUUGUUUGACUGUCGCACCAGGAGAGUUAUCAAGGCGAAGAAGACUCGAGCUCCCACUAAAAUGCAGGAAAAGGCGGAGUGUGGUUAUGAAGGGAUGGGAGUGCGAUAUCUCGAUGUAUAUAACCGCGCUGAUGGUAUGAUUCGACAUCAAUUCCCACCAUCAGAGGGGCCGAGACAACGUCAAAGUCCCUCAUGCAAGAAUGAGCUGGUCGGUUAG